AUGACAGCAGUUGAAAUACUUCCGAAGCCGCUUAUAGCCGAGCAGCAACAUGUUCGCGCCCCAUCUGUUGCCGAAGCCCUCGCGUCUCUGAUACAAUCGACAUAUACUACUUCCGAAUUAUUCUUCUUCGUCAACGGACGCCGCGUCACAGUUCGGAAUCCUGAUCCUGAAUGGGUUCUUCUCGACUGGAUCCGCGCUCAGGGCAAUUUAAAAGGAACUAAGCUAGGAUGUGGCGAGGGCGGGUGUGGUGCCUGUACUGUCGUUAUCCAGACUGUCGGCGAAGACGGACGCCUAAGGCAUAAUGCUGUGAACGCUUGUCUUUUUCCACUGGUUGGCGUCGAUGGUAAAAGUCUGAUAACUAUUGAAGGCCUGGGCACGGUUGACCGGCCACAUCCCUUGCAAGAACGCAUAGCAAAAAUGCAUGGUUCUCAGUGCGGAUUUUGUACUCCUGGAAUAGUAAUGAGUCUCUAUGCACUUAUUAGAAGUUCAUAUCAAGACGGAAAGUUCCAUCUUUCAGCUUCGGACGUUGAGCUACAAGGACAUUUAGACGGUAACCUUUGUAGAUGUACAGGCUAUAAACCAAUUCUUGAGGCCGCCAAGACGUUCGUUUUAGAAGACUUAAAAGGCGAAUUAAUCGAGAAGAGUAUCUCUCCCCCCCUGCGUGCCGAAGACACCGAUGAACUUCUGCAAACGUCAGUAAAUGGUAGUCGAUGUGGCUCGUCAUCUAACGCUUCCUGUGGGCGUCCAGGUGGCUGCUGUCGCGAUCCGUCAACAUCUUCGUUCGAUAGCAGCGCCGACAGAGGAUCCUCUCAGGAAUCCAGCAGCACACGAGCUACCUCCGUAGAUUCAGGUAAACCUUCAGGGCUGUCUUCAUUUAUACCAUACAAUCCUGCAGCAGAAGUCAUUUUCCCACCAGCUCUCCGUAAAUAUUCAGAAAGGCCUAUUUGUUAUGGGGACGAGAGAAAGAUCUGGUUCAAACCUAUAACCUUAGAGCAAUUGGCGGAACUCAAGGAUGCCUGGCCAUCUGCCAAAAUCAUAGGGGGUGCUAGUGAGACUCAGAUCGAGACUCGCUUCAAGAAGUCCGAAUAUCGAGUUUGUGUCUACGUCUCAGAUAUAAAAGAGCUUAGCAGCUUCCAAGCACCUGAAAGCGAUAUUGACAUUAAGGCCAUUUCGGAAGUAUCCAUCCCAGGGAAUAUGCCUCUGACCAAGGUAGAAGAACUAUGUGCUGCGUUGUUCUCAAGACUUGGUACUAGAGCAAGUGCACUUGAGGCACUUAGAAAGCAACUCCGAUACUUCGCCGGUCGUCAGAUUCGGAACGUUGCCAGUUUAGCUGGAAACUUAGCGACAGCAAGUCCUAUAUCCGAUGCCGCGCCAGUAUUACUAGCAGCAGGAUCUGUGAUCACUGUGAGGACCAAGGGAAAUAGUCCCUACGACAUACCUCUUUCGACGUUCUUCGUUAAGUAUCGAACAACCCAGCUGCCCCUAAAUGGUAUAAUUACACAUGUUAAGGUACCAUUACCAUCGCCGGAGACGUUGGAGGUCACAAAGGCAUAUAAGCAAGCGAAAAGGAAAGAUGAUGACAUCGCGAUCGUAACUGCUAGUUUCCGAGUACGUUUAAGUCAAGAAGGGUUCGUCGAACAAGCGGCAUUCGCUUAUGGUGGUAUGGCGCCAACUACUACGCUCGCGACUACAGCCCAGAAGGUGGUGAUAGGGAAGCGAUGGGCAGAGAGCAGCGCGCGUGAAGAAGCUUUGCAAGCCCUGUUACAGGACUUUGACUUGAAAUUCGACGUACCGGGGGGCAUGGCUCAGUAUAGAAAGGUCCUCACUUUGUCACUAUUUUGUCGUUUCUGGCAGGAGAGUAUCGCAGAGCUCGGCCUUGCUGAAGUCGAAGAUAAUGCUAUACAGGAAAUACGCCGAGGGGUAUCUUCGGGGACCCGGGAUCACUUCGUUAGCUCAGGUACCAAUGUCGUGGGCAAAGAAAUACCACAUCUUUCGGCUUUGAAGCACUGCACCGGCGAGGCGGAGUAUGUUGACGAUAUGCCUCGACAAAACAAUGAAUUGCAUUGUGCUCUUGUCUUAUCAACGAAAGCACACGCAAAAAUACUUGAAAUAGAUUGGAGCCCUGCGCUUGAGAUGCCAGGAGUUAUAGGCUAUCUUGACAAGGACAGCAUACCGGCAGCAAGCAAUAGGUGGGGCCCAAUCCGAGCGGACGAACCCUUAUUUGCGGUAGAUGAAGUUUAUUCACACGGCCAGACGAUAGGUAUAGUAUAUGCCGAGACAGCUCUACAGGCCCAAGCAGCUGCCGCUAAGGUCAAGGUGACAUACGAGACGCUACCAGCCAUAAUUACCAUCAGCCAAGCGAUCAAAGCCCAAAGUUUCUAUGAGCAUGGGAAGCAACUUAAAAAGGGGGCUGCUAUUCAGGGGCCUCUGGAUGCCGAAUUCGCGAAAUGCGAGCACGUCUUCGAAGGGUUGACGAAGCUAGGCGGCCAAGAGCAUUUCUAUCUAGAAACCAUUUCCGCAUUGGCAAUCCCGCACGUCGAGGACGGCUCCAUGGAAGUUUAUGCUUCCACACAGAACCUAGCAGAGAACCAAAUCUUCGUCGCUCAAGUGCUAGGUGUACCUAUGAGUAGGGUGAAUAUGAGAGUCCGACGUCUUGGAGGUGCGUAUGGUGGAAAGGAGUCGAGAACGACGCCGGCGGCAUGCCUUGUAGCUCUCGCUGCUAAGAAGGAACGUCGUCCUAUGAGAAUCAUGCUAAACCGCGAUGAGGACAUGUCGACCAGCGGACAGAGAAAUCCAAUGCAAUGCAAAUGGAAGAUCGGUACUGAUGCAAACGGGAUUAUCCAAUGCUUCGAUGCGGAUAUUUACUGCAACGCAGGAUAUUCUCUAGAUAUGUCUGGAGCUGUGAUGGAUCGGGCUUGUACCCACAUCGACAAUUGCUAUAAUAUACCACAUGCUUGGAUACGUGGAUGGGUAUGCAAGACCAACACGGUAUCUAAUACUGCGUUCCGUGGCUUCGGAGGGCCGCAGGCCAUGUACUUUGCCGAGUCCUAUAUGAGUGUUAUUGCCGAACGCCUCAACAUGGAUAUUGACGAACUUCGACUCAAAAAUCUAUACAAGCAAGGCGAUCUGACCCCCUUUUUACAGACCAUCGAUGUCGACUUCCACAUCCCGACUAUGCUAGAACAACUCAGCGCCAACGCAGACUACGAAAAUAGGAAAAGGGAAGUUCGAACAUUCAAUUCCAGUAACCGCUAUAAGAAAAGAGGGAUAUGUAUGAUUCCUACAAAAUUCGGGCUCAGCUUUGCCACUGCUCUACAUCUGAACCAGGCUGGUGCAUACGUAAGGAUUUACGAGGACGGUUCGGUUCUUCUCCACCACGGAGGCACAGAGAUGGGACAAGGCCUAUAUACCAAGAUGUGCCAGGUUGCGGCUGAAGAGCUCGGUGUGAGCGUGGACCAAAUAUUCAAUAAAGACUCACAGACUGACCAAGUUGCCAACCCAUCGCCCACCGCCGCAUCGUCGGGUAGUGAUCUUAACGGCAUGGCUGUCAAGAACGCUUGCGAUCAGCUCAACGAGCGCAUCGCACCCUAUAGGGAGCGAUUCGGGCGUGCUGCCCCGAUAUCAGUAAUUGCCCAUGCCGCAUACCGAGACCGAGUAAACCUCGCAGCCAACGGGUUCUGGAAAAUGCCCAAGAUAGGGUACAAAUGGGGGAACUACAAAGAUCCACUUCCCAUGUAUUACUACUUUACUCAAGGCGUUGCUAUCACGGAGGCGGAAUUAGAUCUGCUUACAGGCGAUCAUACCGUUUUACGAACGGAUAUAAUAAUGGACGUAGGUCGUUCGAUCAACCCUUCGAUCGACUACGGCCAAAUCGAAGGGGCUUUCGUCCAAGGACAAGGCUUAUUCACGAUGGAGGAAUCUCUGUGGACACGGGAAGGUGAAAUCUUCACCAAGGGACCUGGGGCGUAUAAGAUUCCAGGGUUCUCGGAUAUUCCUCAGGUUUUCAACGUGUCCAUGCUAAGACACGACUCGGAUGGGAAUGCUAUAAGCUGGAAGCAUUUGCGUUCCAUCCAAAGCAGCAAGGGUAUUGGGGAACCACCCCUUUUCUUGGGCUCGACAGUAUUUUUUGCGCUCAGGGAAGCGGUAAAAGCUGCGAGAGAGAUGAACGGGGUGAUAGAACCACUAGUUCUCAACGCUCCAGCCACAGCAGAAAAGCUGCGCUUAGCCGUCGGCGAUGAGCUUGUCGAACGUGCUACCGUGGUUCCGAAAGAGGGCAGCGAAACGAAUUUCUUCGUUCGUAUCGAGGACUAA